AGCCAGGUGCGCGAAUGAUUCGGGAGGAGGGAGGGCGGUGGCCGAGGCUCGCUUGGCUGCGCUCCCCGCCCCUCGGAGGCCGGCCCUCCAGCGCGCCCCAAAGGUCCACAGCGCUUGCGGUUACUGAGCGCUCAAGCCGCCGGCCCCGACCCAGGCCCAGCAGCUUCCCAGGCCCGCACCCGUAGUGGAGGGAAGAGCCGCCUUGGGGAGGAGGGAAAGGGACCUGGGGGCGGCCACGGCAGGUGAGGGGUGAGCGAGGCCCUGGGAAGCGGGGGAUGUGGGUGUGUGACGCGUUUGUGGCUGCAGGGUUAACCUCCAUUUCAGCUAAUCAUGGGAGAGAUUAAAGUCUCUCCUGAUUAUAACUGGUUUAGAAGUACAGUCCCCCUUAAAAAGAUUAUUGUGGAUGAUGACGACAGUAAGAUCUGGUCGCUCUACGAUGCAGGCCCCAGAAAUAUCAGGUGUCCUCUCAUAUUUCUCCCUCCCGUCAGCGGAACUGCUGAUGUAUUUUUCCGGCAGAUUUUGGCUUUGACUGGAUGGGGUUACCGGGUUAUAGCUUUGCAGUAUCCAGUUUAUUGGGACCAUCUUGAAUUCUGUGAUGGAUUCAGAAAACUUUUAGACCAUUUACAGUUGGAUAAAGUUCAUCUCUUUGGGGCUUCUUUGGGAGGCUUUUUGGCCCAGAAGUUUGCUGAAUACACUCACAAAUCUCCCAGAGUCCAUUCUCUCAUCCUCUGCAAUUCCUUCAGUGACACUUCUAUCUUUAACCAAACAUGGACUGCAAACAGCUUUUGGCUAAUGCCGUCAUUUAUGCUCAAAAAAAUCGUUCUUGGAAACUUUUCAUCUGGCCCAGUGGACCCUAUGAUGGCUGAUGCCAUUGAUUUCAUGGUGGACAGGCUGGAAAGUUUGGGGCAGAGUGAACUGGCUUCAAGACUUACCCUGAAUUGUCAAAAUUCUUAUGUGGAACCUCAUAAAAUUCGGGACAUCCCUGUAACCAUCAUGGACGUGUUUGACCAGAGUGCACUUUCAACUGAAGCUAAAGAAGAAAUGUACAAACUGUAUCCUAAUGCCCGGAGGGCUCACCUGAAAACAGGAGGCAAUUUCCCUUACCUGUGCAGAAGUGCAGAGGUGAAUCUCUAUGUACAGAUACAUUUGCUGCAAUUCCACGGAACCAAAUAUGCGGCCAUUGACCCAUCAAUGGUCAGUGCUGAGGAGCUCGAGGUGCAGAAAGGCAACCUUGGCAUCAGUCAGGAGGAGCAGUAGCUGUUAGAGUUGGCUCUUAGUGAUGAGUGAUCCAGUGUGUCCGUACAAUCAGUGACAUCAGUGCCCACCAGUCGGCCUCUCUCUUCGGUUUGUCAGGUUCACCGGUUAUCACUGUGUUUGGAACUAGGACUGAUUGAUUGUCAUCUUCGUGACAGGCGGCAGCUCUUCUAAGCCAGUGUAACUAUUCCCUCUUCAGUUUUUUUAGCUUUUGAACUUAACGAAGUACUUUUGAAGAUUCCCAUUUUAAGAAUUGUGAAAAUUUUGCUACCAAAAGUCUUCACCACUGUGUUGUUAAGUGAAUAUUAAUUUCUGAAUUGGGGGAUUCUGUGGAUUUUUUUCCUUUCCUUUCUGUUAUUUGCUGUAAAUGCUACACAUCCACAUUGUGUAUCAGAAGGACAUUGGUUAUUUUUAUGCUUUCUUGGUUAUAACUUAUCAGAGUGCCAAGGCUGUCACCCACUGUUUGCUCUCCUGCAAAUGAACUACUUCUAAUUUCCAGUUAAGCAGAUUGUUUUCAGUUUGGGCUGUUGUCUUUAUACCCAUUACAGUCUUUGGAAUAAAAAUUCAAUUUGA